UUCAGUCGUAUCGGGGAGCCAUGCUAAUGGAUUGUAAAAUUAUCCAAUCACAAUGAGAACAUUCUUAUCAAGCCCGCCUCAGACACAUUUCAACCAAUGAAAGAUCAAAGUGGGCGGCAUCUGAAAGGAAAACCCGUCACAACGCAGAUCUCAGAUCAGCUUUGGGAGUGGGCUUAUCUCCGGCCCAACAUUGCGUUCAAAUAUGCAAACCGCUUCCAAGUCAGCGCGUUGGCGAAACACUUUCUCUGCCGUGGGACAUUUGGAACCGUCGAGGCGUAACAUUUUAAAAGAUUUCUGUUCGUGGUAGGCUGAAACGGGGAUAAAAUAAUGGAGUGCAGAGGAACAACCCGAGACUUUAAAAGUGGGGAAUGAAAAAAGAGAACGCUUCGAUUUUCGGAGGAAACGCUGGAGUUGCAACACUGUGAAGAAGAAACCAUUCAGCUCCGAUACAAGGCUCCAUGGCAUAAAGGCCGUCUUCAGGUCCAGCUGCUCUUUGGAGUUUCUCACCACUCUGACACGCUGCUGCCAUUUUCCACAGCCUGAGGGGAACCAGGAAGCGGUCGGCAGGAGACAUGCCUGCCCUGGCCACCGGAGCCGGCCACGAGCCAGGUCUGUAUGCGCUGCUGGCAGCCCUGCCGUCCCAGCUGCAGCCCCAUGUCAGCUGUCCAGAGGACAACACCUUCCUGCAGGACAUGUUUGGGGAGAGAAGUCUGCACUCACUGGUGAAGAUCCAUGAACGGCUGCAGCAUUACGAGGAGAGCAAGCCGGCUCCAGUCCUGGACAGCGCCGCGGUCCUGGCCCAAGAACUUUCUGAGCAACUCGAACUAAAGUCUGAAAAUGGAGACAUAAAAGAACUCACCAAGCUACUGGAAAACCCCCAUGUGAAGAGCCUUCUGUCCGUCCAUGAUACAGUUGCUCAGAAGCAGUACGACCCCGAACUCCCUCCUCUGCCUGAAGACCUCGAUGAUGAGGAGAAUUCUGUGAAGAUUAUAAGACUUGUCAAAAACAAGGAACCUCUUGGAGCAACAAUAAGACGUGACGAUGGAACAGGAGCCAUCAUUGUGGCCAGGAUCAUGAGAGGAGGAGCAGCAGACAGAAGCGGGCUGAUUCAUUCUGGAGACGAACUGAAGGAGGUCAACGGGAUCCCUGUGGACGACAAGAAACCAGAGGAUGUCAUUCGUAUCCUGGCCCAGUCACAGGGAGCCAUCACUUUUAAAGUUGUCCCUGGUUCGAAGGAAGACGCUCCGAUCAGAGAGCCAAAGGUGUUUCUGCGAGCACUGUUCGACUAUGAUCCCAGUAAAGACAGUGCCAUUCCGUGUAAAGAGGCUGGUCUGGGCUUCAAGAAAGGCUCCGUCCUUCAAAUAAUGAGCCAAGAAGAUGCAACUUGGUGGCAGGCAAAGCAUGAUGGGGAUGCUAAUCCCCGUGCCGGUCUGAUCCCGUCCAAACAGUUCCAGGAAAGGAGAUUCGCUCUGCGGCAGCCCGCUGCAACUCUGCCACUACAACGGACCCUCAGCAGGCGGCCCUCUGGCUUCAGGAGAAGUUUCCGUCUCAGCAGGAGAGACAGGAAGACCAACAAGUCCAUGUACGAGUCCAAGAAGAGCCAAAUGUACGACAUGGCCGACGUCCCCACCUACGAGGAGGUUGCCCCCUACUGCAGGCAGAGCGGAGCUAAACACCGUCUGGUGGUCCUAGUGGGACCUUCAGGGGUCGGCAUGAAUGAACUCAAGAGGAAACUAUUGAUCUCUGACCCUCAGCACUUCGGUGUGACCAUCCCACAUACCAGUCGGCCCAAGAAGAACCAGGAGUGUGACGGUGUGGAGUACCACUUCAUCUCCAAACAUCUCUUUGAGGCAGACAUCCACAACAACAAGUUUGUGGAGUACGGCGAGUACAAGGGGAAUUACUACGGAACAAGUCUGGACACGCUACGCGGCGUCCUCGCCAAGAAGAAAGUGUGCCUAUUGGACAUUCAACCUCAUGCAAUAAAGCUUCUGCGGACGGCUGAGUUCAAGCCCUUCGUCGUGUUUGUGAAACCUCCAGCAAUGGAAAGACUGAGGGAAACGAGAAAGAACGCCAAAAUCAUCUCAAGCAAAGAUGACAAAGGAUCCGCCAGGCCCUUCACGGAGGAGGACUUCCAGGAGAUGUUGAACACCGCUGAGAUGAUGGAGAGUCAGUACGGCCAUCUGUUUGAGACGGUCAUCGUGAACGAUGACCUCACCACGGCCUUCAGCGAGCUGCAGUCGGCACUAAAGCGAGUGGAGACGGAGACUCACUUUGUUCCCGUCAGCUGGACUCACUCCUGAGACCCGCACUGUCUGGGAAAGGACAAAAAGGGAAAUGUUACAACAGACACUAUGCUUUUUUUUUAUUAUUAUUUUUUAAGUCUCUUUUAUACCAACUGAUUCUGACACAACUGUGAAGAAGAUAAGAUGGCACAGGUUGGUGUGAGGUGGACCUGCCUUACGUUUUGGGAGGAGCUGGAUUCAGGAAGUGCAUCCAGAUCGCAGAACACCUACCUAGACCGGUAACAAUCUUGGAUCUGUGUAGAACCAGCAAGAACAACUGAGACUCCAUCUUUAGUGGGGUUUUUUAUUUUUUAAUUUUUUUUUUUAUUUUAAUGAAACCAGUGGAAAACCAAAGGGAUGGAUGUUUUUCUGCUUGGUGGACAGAUUUGGUAGAAGUAAAAAACAAAAAAGCUCUGAUGGAAAACAGAGAACAUAAAAACAUGUCUUCUGUCUUCUUUCUGUGCUUCAGUGACAAGUGAAAACACUGCCAGGUACUCUCUCAAGAAAGGGCAAUAACUGUCAUUUUAUUUAAAAGAAAUUAAUAUAUUUUCUACAUAUUUCCAGUAAGUGUUUUUGAAAUACUUUUGAUUACUUUUUUUUUUUUUUUUUUUUGACACUAAGGGAAACUUUAUCCUAGCUGUAGCUCCUUGAAAUCUUUUCUUUCACUGAAGUGUUUGGAUCUCGUUUCCUCCUGCUACGCUACUCCAGAGGUAUUUUGUUCCUCUCCAUCCUGGAUCCGUUUGAAACGGCAGCUUUCUUAGAGCGCGUCCAGCAGACCAGCUCUGCCAUUUAUAGACCUGGCCACAUUUGUCUUUAACAAGAAAGCUUCCCUGUAGUGUUUCAUUAGGGUGGAGUUUUUAUUUAAUUCACAUAAACGUGGUUUCAGUGAGGCUGCCAACAGCGGCUCCACGGGACCUCCAGGAUGUAAUUGCUCCUGAUUUUAUGAGAAUCACAGGUUUAUUACUUGUCACUCGUUCUUACCAGCUCGUGCUUAUUAAUUACCGUUUUCUUGAAUGUGUAUCAAUGCGAUUCUUUCAUUUCUUCUUAACUGGUUUCUCAAUUUUCAGUUUUCUCCUCGGCUGCUUUGGCUCACAUGAGGUCACAUCCACACACACAGUGGCUUACAAUACCAGUGAUGCAUUUAUAUAAAAUUUAAAAAUGAUUGAUUGUAGAGUUUAUUCCUCAUAAUUGUUGAACCAUAUAAAAACAAUGCCCCUUGAAUUCAUAAUAAUAGGAAACCUGGUGGUUUGUGAUGCCAAUACUCCACUUUUUAUGGGUUUAUUAUUAGCCGUGUCUGUUUUCAAAGAUCAGUGGUGGGAACCUCUGCCACUGUUUUAUGAGAAGCUGAGUUUCAGAAGCACUGCUUAGCGAUGGGACAUAUGGCUGAACAACUUGGUUCUGUGACUAUGAAAAUAAAAACAGUUGGAACCUCACAAACACAGAUGCUCUGAAAAUACAGCAUAUGCUGCCCACUAUCAAAUAGACUACUAUAGGAUACCAGUAACAUUAAGCAGCAAACAGUUUUGCAUUUCUUCAUAUUUUGACAUGUAGUAAUAUUUCUGCUCUCUGGGAACCAGCAGUUGAAAUAAAUAUUAUGCUAGCACAAGUAACACUCUUGUGUCCUUUUGUCAGAUUUAGUCGGUGCUUCCAGAGUUUUUUACUACACGUUGUCUUUACCUCUUUGGCGCCUGUUUUAUGAUCUGAAUCCUAUUUGUACCGUCUCUAGAGAAUCAAGGGGUUUGAGUCCUUUCUGUAAAUGAUGUUAAUCAGGAAAGUUGUAUGAAAUGAUACUAAGUUUCUUAUUAAAUAAAAUUUAAUUUAACUCUU